GUUCCUGUUCAUUCAAAGAGAUGAAUAAACUUGUGUCAAGGACUCUGCGUCAAAGAAAGAUUCAUUCAUCACUGCACCUUUGGAAACGGUUCAGUACGCAUUUGAAUUUACCCAUCUUAACGCUAUUCACCAAGGAUCCAUGUCCCUUGUGUGAUGAAGCAAAGGAAGUACUUGAACCGUAUAAACACAGGUUUAUUUUACAGGAGGUUGAUAUCACUCUGCCGGAGAACAGCGUUUGGUACAACAGAUACAAAUAUGACAUUCCCGUGUUUCAUUUGAAUGGACAGUUUUUGAUGAUGCAUCGCGUGAACACAACCAUACUUGAAAAACGACUGGCAACCAUAGAGAAGACAACUGUCAAAUAA